UGAAAUUAUUAUAUAAUACUUAAAUUAUAUUAUGUUUUUAUGUUUAGAAUAUAUUCUAUUAAAAUAUCAAAUAUAUUGAUUAGAUAUUAUUUGGAGUAAUGUAAAUGAAACAAAUAUAUGGAAAAAAAAAAAUUAAGAUUAAUAUUUGAUGUAUUAGGCAUACUUGAUUUUUUAUAUUAGUUUAAUAUGGUAAAAGAAUUUGUUUCUAUAUUUGUUUAUAUAUCCAAAUUUAUUUAUUUGUUGUAUUGAAUAUUUCAGAUUGUAAUUUUAGAACUUAAAAUAUUAAUCAAAACCCGUUCGAAUGACUUUUGUUAUUUAGACCACAUUUUCAAAAGUCUCACAAAACCAACAGUUAGUCUGUAUAUAAAAAUUUGAAGACGAUAUACUUAUGGGUAAUAGGAGGUAGACCUUAUAUUAUAACAUUUCAGUUCUAAUAAUAAUCUAUGAAAAUUUAAGCCCUCUGUAAGAAAAAAAACAAAAUACCAAAACCUCUCAAGUGUUCACAACGUCUGGUAUAGUUUGCUUUUAAACAGUUUCUGGUAUAGGGUUAGUGAGUUACGGUUAUAUUAUUUUCUUAAAAGUAAUAUGUAUGUCCACUUAUAUAAAGAUAUGGCUUCUUAAAUAAAAGAAAUAAAUAAUUGAACACAACAUUUAUCAAUGUUCCUAUUUUAAUAGAAUAGAAGAUCCAAAAAUCAAAUCGGACCGAGCGGUCAAACCGGUCCGACCAUAACUUAUUGAAAAAGCCAAGCCAGAUUUGGUUUAGAAUCGGAGUUUAAAAAAAACCUAGUAAAACCAACUUAAAAUCGGUAGAACCAGUAAUUCGGAUCAACUUUAAAAUCCGACUGCGAAAAAUCAACAUAUAAUAAAUAUAUUUUCAGUUGUUAUAAAAUUUAUGUUUCAUAAUCAAUGUUUGAUUAUCACAAUUUAAUUGUUUUUCUAAGUAAUUCUAUUUUCUUAAGAAAGAAUGUAAAAAAAAAAACUUUUUUAUCUUUCAUAUACUAUUCUUAUUUUACCAUAUUGAUUGAGACUUUAAUUGUAUAAAUAAAUAAAUAUAGCAAUUUGAACGGUCAAUCAUUUAGUUUUAUAUAUUUUGAAUUUACAUUGUAUUCACUUGUUUUUUGUGUAUAUAGUUAUAUUUAUACUUAUAUUUUAUUUUCUAAUUAAUUGAAAAAAAAUAAAGAACGUGUUAUACGUGGAGAUACUUUUUAGGUCUACUAGUGUUAAUAUAUGAUUAUAUAUAUUUAAACUUUGAAAAAUGAUUCGACUUGUUGAACCAGUAUCCUGUCCGGUUUUCAAAACAUUGUCUCAAACUAUAAAAUAAAAUAAAAACAGAUAAUUUCCUAUUUUUACAGAAAAUAUAAAUAUUUAAUCACCCUGCAAUAUAAAUUUAGACUAAUAUCCAUAUACUUUCUGUAAAAAGAUGGAAUUUGUAUUAGUUUGAUUAUAUUGUGAGAAAGUGAAUGAAAAAGAUAUUUAUCCGUGUUUUGGAAAAUAAAAAGAAGGAACAACAAUAAUAAUAGUAUGUACGAUCAGAGCUGCUUCUUCGCGUGAAAUUAGAUCUAGCGGUAAGCUUUUUCAAUUUUCAGGUAUCCUAUGAAUAAAACGACACAACCUAUAAAAGUUAAUUUUUUUUUUUUUGUAAUUUCUUUCUUUUAGUAAAAUUUGAAUUUAUUCUCCUCACCAAACAAAUAGCAGCAGCUUUCAUGCAAAGUUUACCAAAACAAAAUGUUCCCAUAUAGCAUUGGUUUUCCCACAAAAAAUAUAAAGAUAUCAAAAGCUCAAGCAUAGAGAGAAAUAGAGUAAAGAAGAACAAUCAUUUCAAAAGCAAAGCAUUUGUCACUUUCUCCUGCUUCCUCACCUAUCAUCCAAACCAAAAGCAAACACUACUUUCCUUUCCCCCGAUCCGACGUCGUUUAAUAUCUCAGUGAGACAUAUCUCCAAACAUCAUCGACCAGCGAUUACACAGGAAAAUGCAAGAUCCACGCAACCAGGUUCCACCUUCUCCCACAAUCUCCUCCGUCUCUUCCUCCGAUCUUGAUACAGAGUCGACAGGAUCCUUCUUCCAUGACAGAAGCAUCACACUUGGAACACUUAUGGGGUUUAGUUUCACAGCAACCAUGCCGAUGAUGCCAUUCAGAGCUUCUUCUCACCGCCACGUGUCUCCCUCCAUCUCAGUCUCACGUGCCACCAGCUCCAACGCUACAAGACGCAACCUGAGGAAGCGUCCUCCUCCGAACUCGUCUGAGCGGCAUCGCCGUCGCAAGUGGUGGCGCUUUUGCCGAGACGACGACGACGACGACGCCGGAAACGGGAUGCACCGUGGGUCCGCAGAAUGCAGACGGUCAUCGCUCGGAGAGUAUUUGGAGGUGGAAAGGAGGUCUGGAGACGAAGCUGUAUAUGGCUCAGCCGAGGCGGAGCUAGAGGGUGCGGUGGCGCGUUAUAGGGAACAGCAGCCGGCGGCGGUUGGGGAAAGAGCGUUGUUCGCUGACGGGAGGGUUCUUCCUCCGGCUUCAGCUGAGGUUGUUAGCGGAGAAGGUACGGAGGCGGUUACGGCACUUUGUAGAUUCCCGGUUUCCUUAACCGGUAUAUGCAGCGGAGGCGGAGGAUAGAUCCGUCGGUUGUAUUUUAAUAUUUGUGUGUUCAAUAUUCAAUAUUUUUUAGAAUGUGUAAUCAUAGUCUGUGAAAAAAAUGGGACGCAGUUCAAUAACAGCAACAAAGAGCCGAAUGAUUUUUUUUUU